UUUUACAAGAACAGGUAAUUAGUAUUUAGGGUUUUAAUUUUUCAAAUUGUUGUUGUGUUUUAUGUUCUUAAUAUAUGAAUGUAAACUGACAAAUUGUUCUGUUGUUUUGUCUUCUUGGCAUGUUUCUGAAAACGUCAAAAGAUUCACUCACUUAGUGAAUGAGUGAAUCUUUUGUGGUGGAAGCCCCUGGACCCUUUGAAUCACUCACUAAGUGAAUGAGUGAUCAAAUCUGAGACUGAGACCCACUUGAUCCGAAACCUAAAUACUAAUUUGCUUACCUGCUGUUUGGUUUGCAUCAACUGGUAUGUUCUUCAUUCCUUGUAAUCUUGAUGUAAUUGAAAUGUUGGUUUCUAUAUGUUGGUUUGGCAAUUUUUGUUUGUUGAUGCCUCAAUAUGAGAUUGGUUUGUUUCUUGAUGCCUCACUAGUCACUAGUUUUGUAUAUACAUGGUCUAUUGGUCUGUGCUUCACUGUAAUUGUUGUUUGAUGAAUCAAAUGGUAAAAAUCUAAACUUUAAAGUGGUUGGAAGCUAGUUACUGGCAUGCUGUUUCAUGUUAUUUGAUGCCUUUGCAAUUGUUAUAUGCUAAUCUUUGGUCCUGUGUCUCACUGUUAUUCAUUUAUGAUGAAUCAAAUGGUAAAAACUUGAAAACUUAAAGUGGUUUGGAAGCUAUUUAUUUGCACUCUAAGUCUGUAAAUGAUUUUUUGAUUAAAUGCCAUUCUUUUCUCACACAGAUGUCGAACCUUGAGCAACUUGGAGUUGCUGGUGUUGGUGUUGAGGGGGUUGUUGGCUCAUCUCCUGAGUUACCCCCUUCAACCCAGCAGCAGCAACCUGUUGCUGUUGGUGAGGGCUCAUCUGAGCCUUCUCAGCAGCAACAAGAAGUUGCUAAUCCUGAUGCUACUGGAGCUAAACCAGUUGAUAAAAAACGUAAGCAAGUUAGUGUUAGAUCUAAAGUUUGGGAUCACUUUGAGCGCAUUGUUGAUGAAAAUGGAAAAUUAAUCUUGUCUAAAUGCUUGUAUUGUGCAAAGACUUAUAACUCUGAUACUAAAAUUAAUGGGACUUCUACCCUUAGAUCCCAUAUUCUGUCAUGCCUUAAGAACCCUCAUAGUAAAGAUACUAGACAGGCCUUGUUAACUCUACAACCUGUUGAUGCAUGUCCUGCUGAAAAUGAAGGGAAGGGACAAUUGGGGACUUGGAAAUUUAAUCAGGAAGACAUUAGGAAAGCACUGUCUUAUAUGUUAAUCAUUGAUGAGCUACCUUUUAAGUUUGUUGAGGGUAUGGGGUUUAAGAAACUAAUGAGUGUUGCAUGCCCUAGGUUUCAUAUUCCUUCUAGAUGGACUGUUAACCGAGACUGCUAUCAAAUGUUUCUUGAUGAAAGGUUGAAUUUGAAAAAUACUUUGAAAAGUGGAAGCCAAAGAGUUAGUAUCACAACAGACACAUGGACUAGUAUUCAACGUGUUAAUUAUAUGUGUGUUACUUGCCAUUGGAUAGAUAAUGAUUGGCUGCUUCAUAAAAGAAUCAUUAAUCUUGUACCUGUUUGUGGGCAUAAAGGGGAUUACAUAAGUAAAACACUUGAGAAUUGCUUGCUAGGUUGGGGUCUUAAAAAUGUUUUCACAGUGACCAUGGAUAAUGCUGGUAAUAAUAACACUGCAAUUGCUGCAUUUAAGAAAAAAAUGAUUUCUUGGGGGACUGAUGUGUCAAGAUGUGAAUAUUUGCAUAUGAGAUGUAUUGCACAUGUCAUUAAUUUGGUUGUAUCUGAUGGCUUGAAAGAAAUGAGUAGCUCUGUUAAGAAAGUUAGAGAUUGUGUCCGUUACAUUAGGAACAGUCCAUCUAGACUUAAGAAAUUUAAAGACCUUAUUGCUGAUGCUAAACUUGGCACCAAAAAGUCCCUCUGUCUUGAUGUGGCAACCAGGUGGAACUCCACUUACCUUAUGCUUGACACUGCUUGCUUAUUUCAGUCUGUUUUUGAGAGUUAUGAAGCAUCUGAUGAGAAUUUUAGGUCUGAUAUGAUUGAAAGCAUUCCUAAUUUUUUUGAUUGGGAAACUGUUAAGAAAUUUGCAACUUGUCUAUCCUAUUUCUAUGUCACAACAUUAAGAAUUUCUGGUUCUUUGUAUGUCACAUCCAACAUGCAUUUUCAAGAAAUUUGUGACCUUUCUAUUAUGUUGGAUGAAAUGCUUGUUAAUGAGGACAUAGAAAUUGUGCAAAUGGGCAGAAAAAUGAGGGAUAAGUUUAACAAAUACUGGGGUGAUCCUCAGAAGAUGAAUGUUCUGAUUUUUUUUUCACAUGUCUUUGAUCCUACCAACAAAAUGAAACAUCUGCUGUUUGCUUUAUCUAGUUUAUUUGGUUCUGAUCAAGGUCCAAAGUUGUUUGAAACUGUGAAUGAUAAGUUAACAAGUCUGUUUCUUGAGUAUCAAAAGGCCUCUGUGAAUGCUACUUCAUCUGCAUAUGUUAGUCUUAGUCAAUCUGCAGAGGGUGUUUCUGCUCAAACACCAGUCCUGCCACCACCUGCAAAGAAACAUAUGUCCCUUAUGAAGGCCAAAUUUGAUAUUCAGAAUAAGAGUAUAGAAAGUGGUAGUAGGAAAUCUGAGCUGGAAGUGUACCUGAGUGAAGCUACGGUUGAGAAUGAUGAUGCAUUCAAUAUUUUGAAGUGGUGGAAGCUAAACUCAGGGAGAUUUCCAAUCCUUUCGAGGAUGGCUCGAGAUAUUCUUGCUGUCCCUAUCUCUACUGUUGCCUCUGAAUCUGCUUUCAGUACUUCUGGAAGAGUACUGGACUGCUUUAGGAGUUCAUUAACUCCAAGAUUGGUGGAAGCGCUGGUGUGCACUCAGGAUUGGCUUAGAGCAGAAUCUUGCCCUUUGGUGAUUGAAGAGUGCCUGGAUGAAUUGGAACCAUUUGAGCAAGAGUUGCCCAACUAAGAAGUUGGACUCUUGCUGUUUUUUGCUUUUGUGUGACAACUUGUGUGGAAGCCAAUUUUUGCUGAUGUUGCCUAAUGCUGCCUGUUGCUGAAUGCCUAAUGCUGCCUGGACUGACCCUGUCCCAAACUGAAAAUACAUGGUGGUGGAAGCACAAAGGAAAUGAUUCUGAAUGCCAUCAUUAAUGCUCCCAAUCUGCUGCAAAUGGCUCUUUUUUGAAUGCUAUAAUUGGCAGUGGCAUAGUUAUAUUUUUUUGCUAACUUUUAACUAUUAAUUUCAUUU